GCGAAGAAUACGUUGCCCUGCACCAGUGCACCUACCGGUCCAGCACGAACUGCUCGUUCACUCGAUCAUCAGUGUAGGGACCCGCGCCAUCACUUCGAACGCCGUUUCUAUACUCCGAAACUGCGCGUGCGUUGUACUUGUGCAAGUUUGUGUUUCGCGAUCAAUGCUUGGCGCUGCUGCCCACCACGUGUAGUUCGCGCGCCCUGUGCGGCAGCUGCCGGGUGGACGGCGCACCCUGCCGCCCCAUGCUUCUCGGCGUCGUGGUCGUGGCCGACGGCUUUAAAGCAGAGAGAGCCGUCUCGGCACCUUUCUCCAGCUCCCCAAAGGUAUCGCUGGCUCCGGCUCCCGACCCUUCCUGCGUCGUCUCCCUGCUUGUCGCUGCACUUCUCCAAAACCCCGGUUCCUUGCUGGUUUGGUCUGCGGAACUCGCGAGCUCCAAGCGCUAGCGAGCAUGGCGUCGCCGUCGUCGUCGCUGGAGACGGAGGCACCCAGGGCUCCCGUGACGAGGGAGCGGAAGCUCAACACCGACCUGCAGGAGCAGCUUCCCAAGCCAUAUCUCGCGAGGGCUAUGGUGGCGGUGGACGCGGACCAUCCGAACGGGACCGAGGGGCGCGACCCCCGCGGCAUGAGCGUGCUUCAGCAGCACGUGGCCUUCUUCGACCGCAACGGCGACGGCAUCGUCUACCCCUGGGAGACUUUCAAAGGCAUGCGAGCAAUAGGGUGUGGGUUCUUUACAUCCCUCGUUGUCGGGUUCCUCAUCAACCUCGUCAUGAGUUAUCCCACUCAGCCGGGAUGGUUACCCUCCCUUUUGCUCUCCAUCCAUAUAAGGAACAUUCAUAAGGCCAAGCACGGUAGUGAUUCUGAAACGUAUGACACUGAAGGGAGGUUUGACCCAUCAAAAUUCGAUGCUAUAUUUAGCAAGUAUGGCCGUACUCAUCCAGAUGCGUUGACAAAAGACGAGAUAAACUUGAUGCUUAAGGCAAACCGCAAUAUAUAUGAUUUCCUUGGCUGGAUUGCUGCUAUUGCCGAAUGGCAUUUACUCUACAGCGUGGCAAAGGACAAAGAUGACCUGUUACAGCGAGAAAUUGUCCGGGGCGUGUUCGAUGCGAGUCUAUUUGAGCGACUGCAAAACAGCAAAAAAUCCUCUUGAUGAAUGGGCCAGGAGUUGUCCACCUCAAAGAAGAUUGACAGAAGAAAAAAUUAGCAUGUUAUACUUGUCCUGCGUGAUUUCUUAAAAAGAGUAAUUUGAGUCACCUUCAAAUAAGAAAUGGUUCUAUAUUAUAGUACAUACAUUAUUAUAGUGCAACAUGGUCAUCCUUAUGUAUUUGUGUUAUGUUAUAUGUGAUUAUUCAAGAGUCAAGAUCUUCUCAUGUUGACAUCAUGUCUAGUAAACUUCUCUGUAAUCUUUUUUUUUUCUGAA